AUGCUUCAAUUACAUAAGCUAGAAGAAAUACGUAAUGAAGCAUAUGAGAGUUCGAGAAUCUACAAGGAGAAAACGAAAUCUUUUCAUGACAAACAUAUUCUUCAAAAGAGUUUUGUGGAAGGUCAAAAAGUUCUCAUGUAUCCUUCUCGCCUUAAACUCUUUCCUGGGAAGUUGAAGUCUCGAUGGUUAGGUCUGUUAAUUGUGACCAAGGUUUUUCCUCAUGGAGUGGUCAAAGUUUUAAGUCCAAGUAUGGAAAAUUCUUUCAAGGUGAAUGGUUUGAGAUUAAAGCCAUAUUACGAAUCAAUGGAGGAAGAACAAGUUGCUCUGAUUCACCUCAUUGACCCAGUAUAUGUUGAUGAAUGA